AUGCGCAAAAUCUUCACUAUGACGGCGGUGCACCUGAGCGAUGAAAUGCCGGAGGUGGUCGUGUUCAACUCGGAGGUGUUCAACGCGCUCUUCGUGUCGUAUUGCAUGCAGAGUUCUCCGUCGUUCGGCACGACUCUGAUGGUGACCGCAGCUCUUCUCGUUCAGUUGUCGAUGUCACUGCGAGACGUGAAUAUUGCAGCCCACAGGACGGAAUUGUUGGAGAAGCAUCUCGCGGGAGAA